AUCCAGCGCACCGUGCACCAUGCACAGGUGAAAAGCGCGCACACAACCGCUUUCUCACGCCGUGACUUGAACCCCGCGGUGUUGGCUAGCCCAAAAACCGGAAAUUGCAGGGUUGCAAUAAUGGGUGGCAUCCUGGAUCAUGCGCUGCACAAGCAGCUGCCCGCCGCUGCUCUAGCCCGCCGUGGGGUCACCGCAGCGGACGGGCCGCCUGAGAAAACCACGCUCCCUCCCGAUCGUCAUGAUGGCAACCAUUGCGGGACUCCAAAUACAGCACCCGGCCUCGGCAACCGGCAGGGCUACCUCCGGGUCGUAACGGACUUGGCCGCCAACGACGACGACGGCAGGACCGUGGACGACGACAUCGACGCCGACUCGGUGCUCGACACCAGCGACGCCUGCGGCGAGCACCGUGGGCAGCCCCCGCAACCGGUACACUCACCGCAACAUCCGGUCUCGGCAGCCGAGAAAGCGCUGCCGCCGCUGCCGCCCGACGGCAGCCCUCCCGCUUCGCCCCGGCUAGCCAUGUCAUGUAGGCUAUCGCGCAUCCCGUUCUGGCAACCGCCGUGCGAGGUGCCCGGAUUGAUGUUCGACCAGGAGGACCCGUCCGGCGCCGCGGCGAGUCCGCCGACGUCAGACCCUGUCACCCCGAUGAACGCAGCUGAUCUCUUCCGCCCGCUAACCGAGGCCAUCACACCCGACUUGGCGCUCGGCCCGUUUCCCACCUUGGCGACCGAGCCGGAGCUGCAAGACAAGCUGCGUGGCUUGUCGAUCGAGUCGGCGCGGUCAGAUCUCUCGGCCUCGGACGGGCUGGGCAUCAUCCGGGAACAAGCCGACGCGGCCGCGGACGGCAUGUCCCUGCUGGCGCCCACUGAGGGCUCGUUCUCCAACAGCUCUGGUGAAGGUGAAGCUAGGGCCGCGGGCGCUGGCAGGCAGCGACUUCUCGGCAUCGGACAUCGGACGCAUUCAAGGAGCGUCAGCUCCUCGGGGAGCGGGUCCGCGAGUUCGGGCAGCUGGCGGCCCAGCGAUUCCAGUGCGACGCGGUUGCCCAUUAGCCUGUUCUCGCGCAAGCGCAAUGGAGUCCGUGGGCCGGCCGAGGAGGAGUUCUUGGAGAAGCGGUCCUUGACGCCGGCCCAGCUUUCCGCCGCGCCGCAAAGACCGGGCGACGCCGACGAAGAGCCUGUGACGCCAGGCCCGGCCACGCCCACUUCACCCACUUCACCCACUUCGCCCACUUCCCCCGCGUCGGACUUGGGUCGUGCUGAAGCCAGCGCGCCCGCGAGAUUCUUCCAGCGCAUGCCCUGGCUCAGCGACAGCCAGUCGGGGAAAGUAGCCCCGGUCUUCGGCGUGGAUUUGAAGGACAGCAUCCGCGUCGCGCCUAUGAAGAUCCGGAUAUCGCACAAGGGCAGAAGAACGUCGUACAGGACGUUCCCGCUGUCGGUGUACAAAUGCUGCGAGUUCAUCCGCCGCCACGCCGGCACCGAUGUAAAUAUUUUUGCCUCGCCCGGGAACGCCUUCAACGUCGCCAAUCUCAAAGCCAUCUUCAGCCAGGCGCCGACGUACGGCGAGAGCUUUGAUUUCGAAGGAAGCGACUACACGAUUUACGACGCUGCGCGGCUCAUAUUGGUGUUCCUCGAAGAGUUACCGAAGCCUCUGAUUUCGCCUUCGGUCGUCAAAUCGUGGAUCCUGUUGGCGCGCCAGGCAGGCGCCAUCCAACCGCCGUGUCCGCGUGUCGAAACGGGCUUGGACUUCUGGACCGAGGCGCUCAACCGGCUGCCGACAGCCAACCGCAACCUGGCCAAGCACCUGCUGACGCUGUUCGCUGAGAUCCUCCUCGCCGCGUCGGGCACUGUGACCGAGGCCGACGCGCGGCAUGUCGCCUCGGCCGUGUCGUGGGCCAUGUUCCACCAGGCUGCGGACGGCGGCGGCGUGGACGGCAAGACCAAGGACCAGAACAAAAAGCCGGCCAGGCGGGACGUGCAACCCACCCUGGCGCUGGCGUUCCUCAUCUGCAAGCGGGGCGAGUACGCCGUCACGCUCGGCAAGGCGUCCGGGCGCGGCGCCUCCAAGAGGGACUCCAAGUUGUUUUUACCGAGUACGAAGGAGAUCAUGGAGUGGAAGGGCAAGCAGUGACAUAUGCGUGGUGGUGGUAGCGGUGGCGGUGGCGGUGGCGAGACCGUCUGACGGAGGAGGAAAAGCUGCUUCUCUACGAUACCCAUUGUUCCUUGGGCGGCUCUCAGCUUGUCUGCUGUUUUUUGGUGAGUGAUUUUGGUCAUUGCGACUUGCAUCGGCA